GUUCGAGUUAUAGCGGACGAUAGAACGAACGUUGGGUUUUUAUGUACACUUUCCCCAUUUAAGUUUUCUCCUUUUAUCCAAUUUCUUCUUCCGUCGCUGGUUCCUCCGAUCUCAGCCCUCAAGAUGAUGCACAUGACCUUCUAUUGGGGCAUCAAGGCGACGAUCCUGUUCGAUUCCUGGCGGACCGACUCCUGGACCUCCUACCUCCUCAGCCUCGUCGCCCUUUUCGCCAUCGCCGCCUUCUACCAGUACAUGGAGGACCGCCGACUCCGAUUCAAGUUCCUCGCCGUCAGAUCCAAGCGCUCCCCGAUCGCCGCCCCUCUCCUCGCGCCCGCCUCCUUCGCCGUCGCCGGUUCACCGGCCAGGCUCGCCACCGCCCUCCUCUUCGGCGUCAACUCCGCGAUCGGGUACCUUCUCAUGCUAGCGGUUAUGUCCUUCAACGCCGGCGUCUUCAUAGCCGUCGUCGUGGGCCUGGCCCUCGGGUACUUGCUCUUCCGCAGCGGCGGGGAGGAGGACUUGGUCGUCGUGGACAACCCAUGCGCCUGCGCUUGAUCGGAUCCGGAUCCGAAUCCGGAUCUCUUCGUACGUACGCCUCUCUUGUUACUGAUGUAUCAUCUCACUCUUGCUCCCUUAUAUGAACUGAAAAGGCUGCGAUGUCUUUAUGGCAAAAUCUCUUGUACAAGGUUUUAUAACUAUAUUUAUCUUGUCCACUCUUUGAUA